CGUCCUUCGUGUAUGAAAGUAGUUCCGGGCACUUAACCCAAACGAGGGAGAGUCCCGGAUGUUGGCUGGGCCGCCGCCGCCGAGAGAAAGGCGAAGUGAAGGCGGAGUGAGGCAGUGAGGAGCACGGCCACAGCACCACCAGCACCACCGCGGGAGGGCGAGCACACCGGUGGAUCAGCGCGCAGCCUGGACCUCUAUAACCUCCGCGCCGGGGACACUCCAAGGAAACCUCCGCCGAGAAGCAGCUGGAAUGAAGGGGAGGGGGCAAGCACUCUGAGAAAACUACCGUGAGGGAUUUUUUUUACACGGAGCCAGCGUCACGGCAGCAGCUUUCACCCAGAGGUCUACCAGGUGACGAUGCAUUGCUGAUGUCUUGAUCUGAGGCUCCCCUGACUUUUCUCUUCACAUCACUUCUUCACACUUGGUUGUUGCUCCAUAGUCCCCCCCCAGAGCUCCAACAACAGCAACAGACACCUCCACCUCUCCUCCACCUCCUCCACCUCUCCUCCCCGCUCCCCUUCGCCCCCGCCCGGCCGCCAACAUGACAUCGGAGCUGGAGAGUAGCCUGACCUCCAUGGAUUGGCUCCCCCAGCUGACCAUGCAAGCGGCCAUCCGAAAAGCAGACGCCCAGAACGCCCAUGGCCCUGGCAUGGGUAAGAAGAGCGCCCUGCUAGACCCCAACACCACGCUGGACCAGGAGGAAGUCCAACAACACAAGGAUGGCAAACCUCCUUACAGCUACGCCAGCCUCAUCACCUUCGCCAUCAACAGCUCGCCAAAGAAGAAGAUGACCCUGAGCGAGAUCUACCAGUGGAUCUGCGAUAACUUCCCAUACUACAGGGAGGCGGGCAGCGGCUGGAAGAACUCGAUACGGCACAAUCUGUCACUGAACAAGUGUUUUCUCAAAGUGCCUCGCUCCAAAGACGAUCCCGGAAAGGGUUCUUACUGGGCCAUUGAUACCAACCCAAAAGAAGACUCUCUGCCCACUCGGCCCAAGAAGAGGCCGCGCUCCGGAGAACGAGCCUCCACUCCGUACAGCCUGGAGUCCGACUCUUUGGGGAUGGAGUGUAUGAUCUCUGGAAGUGCCUCUCCAACGCUGGCAAUCAACACUGUGACUAACAAGGUGGCGCUGUACAACACAGACCAGGAGGGCAGUGACAGUCCCAGGAGCAGCCUUAACAACAGCCUCUCAGACCAGAGCUUGGCCUCGGUCAACCUCAACAGUGUGGGCAGUGUGCACAGCUAUACACCGGUGAGCAGUCAUCCGGAGCCCGUGUCCCAGCCCCUGAGCCUGCAGCAGCCCCCUCAGUCCCAGUACAACAUGCCCGAGAGAGACAAGCAGCUCCUCUUCUCCGACUUCGAAGAUCUCAGUGCCUCCUUCCGCAGCCUAUACAAGUCUGUUUUUGAGCAGUCCUUCAGCCAACAAGGUCUCAUGGGCCUCCCGUCAGACUCUUCCCAGCAGACGCACACGUCCUGCUCCUAUCAACACUCCCCCAGCGGCGCCAUCAGCUCCCAGAACAACCUCCCCAACAACCAACCCAACAACCACCCCAACCACCAGCACCCUGCCAGCGUGCCCCUGUCCCACCCAGGACACGUCUCCCCCCACCCGCAGCACCUCCCCCAGCACGGUGGUCCUCACAACCAACACAACCAACACAACCAACAUAAUCAACACAAUCAACAUAACCAACAUAACCAUGGGCACCAGGCACACCCACAGCACCCUCAACACACAGGGCACCCACAGCAGCACCCAUCCCACGGACAGCACCCACCGCAGCACACGCCGCACCCAUCACAACACGGACAGCACCCACAGACCCAUGGAGCGCAGCACCCGAGCCUGUCCCACCAGACCCACCCAGCCCAGCAGCAGAUGGCCUGUAACACAGGCAUUUUGUCGGACUGGUACUCAAAUCUGGAUGCACUGAAAGAAAGCUGUCGCAUCGCUAGCAGCUACAACUGGGCUGACGUUGACCUUUCACCCUUCCAAGGUCUGAGGGAGAGUAUGAGACAAGCGGAGUUGAAUAACUGGUCUCUGGAGCCCACACAAAUCGCGGAUCUCUGCUCAUCUAUCAACCAGUUCUUCGCCCGCACCGGAGUCAUCCAACCACAGGGGGCAGUGCAAUCCCCCGCCUGCCAUGGCUCCAUGCACCCUAACAAACCCAGCCAACACCUCAACACAGGUAAUCUCUACAUGGACUCGAGACAGGGUAUGACCAUGAUGGGUCCCCCUGGAUACCCCCACAUGCCCCCUAUGAGCAGUGCAGGCCCUACAAUGACAGGACACCACGCGCCGAUGAACCAGCAGCACAUGAUCCCGAGCAGAAACUUCCAGAUCCACCGCAUGCCAGCCGACGACAUCCAGGACGACUUCGACUGGGACUCCAUUGUCUAACACAGGGCCUAACGAUGGCCAAAACAAACGCAUAAAUGAGCGAAGCGAGGAGGAUCCCAAAGCUGCGCUCAGCUCUCAAAGGAAGAGGGAAUGUGACGCAGGACGAUGAUUGGACUACGCUUUGGAGACAUGUAGACUCAAGACUGUGACUUUUUUCAAACACAUACCUAGGAGAUGUUACUUUUGAAGACAAUCAUACUAGUCGGACAUGUAUUGAUCGCUUGUACUCGUCCCGGGACAUGUUAAGACCACAACCACCCGCUCCUCGGCCAGCCCUGUCCUGUCACUAGCCAGCAGCCCUCCACAUAUCUCAGCUCUCCUCCCUCUCUCACUGCUCCGUAACUGUCUGUGAUUUGAGCGAAAACGUGUUCAGCUUGUAACUUCUCGUGUUGACAUGGGCCUCCGCUGCCUCUGUUUUUUAAAAAGAUGUUUUAUUUUUAUGUUUUUUUUUUAUUUUAGGAAACACAGGCCGUCUCUGUGAGUAAUGUGAUGGUGCUUGUUGGUCACUUUUGGGGGGAAAAAGUGGAUUUGGCGUAUUUUAAAGGUUUACAAUUUAGUCUUGAUGUUUAAAAAAAGUAAAGGAAUAGCACAAUUAGCUUGGGCACGACUUUGAAUGGUGAGUGUGUGUGAGAAUAGUGUCUACUUUUGAAUGGUUUUAUUACCAAGCAAUUUUUUUUUGUUAUUUUACUUUGUAGUCCAGUUAAUUUAUCCAGUUUAUAUAGUUUCAGAUCAUUUUAAAUGUGCCUACAGCGAUUUGACCAGCAUUGCCCAGUAUAUGCACAUGCUGGCCACUUUAUUAGGUACACGGGGGUGGCUCAUCUCAUACUGUGCACUUGGGCCUUCUAUGGACCUAACUCCAUUUUUUUUAAUGGUUACUUAAAGGUUCACUUUGUACCUUUUCUUGUGGAGGGUUCAUUGACUUUCUCUGAGAUAUUAUUGCUUUGCCUCGGAAAACAUGCAUUCUUGUUGUGAGAGAAGUCGCCUCUCCGCAGAUGUGACCUGUAACUUGGCCUGGAGAGAUGGGCAAGUCUAAAUCAAUGCUGUAGAACAUACCAGGCAAAGCAAUGACAUCUCCACUGAGAAAACCAGGUGGAAAACCCUCUUCCGGAAAUGUUACAUAUUGAAUCUUGACUGUAAUUUUAUCCAGACUUUUUCUCUUUUGUUUGAAAGUCUCAAACUGUCCUAUUUUGGCGUACAAUGCUCAAUACUUCUCAGUGGAACAGCAGGUGUAAAAUUAAACAAAAUGCUACUAGAUACAAAUAACCAGUGACUACUGCUGUCAGAGGUGGGUAGAGUUGAGUAGCCAAUUAUUUUACUCAAGUGAGAGUACCAUUACUUCAAAAUAAUAUUACGCAAGCAGAAGUACAAAGUAGUGGACCAAGAAAAUACUCAAGAGUUUAAAAAGUAUUUGAGGAAACUACUACUUAACUAAGAAUAACUGUAUAAGAAUAUCAGGACAUAAAAUACAGUUUGAAGGACAAAACAUUAAACACUGCUCAAAAUCUCAAAGGACAGACCACAACAAUACUCUAAAAGGACUAAGAGUGAUGUCUGAAAACUACUCUGUGAUGUGCAAAUAUAUGAAAGUUACUCAAGUAAAAGUACUUUAAAGGUAACUGAGUAUUACCCACCUCUGAUUGCACUAUAUCAUUAUCAGUUAAAGGCAUUGGAGCUGUUAAUUAUCUACAAAGUGAUUUUUGCCACCUGCUCACUCUAUACAUACAUGGGUAAUUUUGGUUCUUAUCACAAUGACCAGUGACUCAUUAUCUAGAAGUGUGUGUGCUGCGUGAACAUGCCGUCUGUGUGUGUGUGUGUGUGUGUGUUGUUUUGUAAUCUUAGGGCUAAGAUUGAUUGCUGUAAUCAUCUGUAUGCUAUCGACAAGCACAAAAACAGAUGCACACACUGAUUAAAUGGAGUUUUGAGAUGUGCAUUUGUGAGAGAGGACAGUACCGGGACUCUGACAAUAUGAGACACUAUGUUUUAAAAAUCUUUUGCACAUUGAACCUUUUUGUUUAGGUCUGAGCAGAUUGGAAGUACUCCUCAUGUUUUGUCCAUAUGCAGUAGUCAUUCACAGCUACAGUGGCUCCCUCUGGUGGUAAUUGUGAGGCACUGUGUACUGUUAACACAAUUGGUAUAUCUGGAUGACAAUCACACAUGUCGUUAUUAUUUAUGUGUUUUAAUUAUUUUUAAGAAGGCACUUUCAUGUCAGCUGUUUAUUGAGGGGUGCCUGGUUUUUAGCUUUGAUUUUUAUAGUUUACGUAAAAACGAUUAGUGAUACUGCCACGUCUAACCAAACAAUCUUUCUGUUUUGUGAUGUUUCGUAUUGUUUUUUUGAGUGUCAGAAUUGUCAUUGGACAAAGAUCACAAAAGCUGUGGAUCUUAAUGACGUUUGGUUUAUGCUGCCAGAGAUGCGACUCUUCUUGUGCUUAGAGCCCUUGUAUUUGAGUAACAGGGUUUAGUAAUUUAUAAAUUAUCAUAAAAAUAGAAUUCUAUUAUUUCCUUGUCAAGAGUUGGACUUUUGGGCCAAAUAAUUACAAUAUGUCUCAUAUGUACAUCUCUGAGACACGGUGAAUAUAAUAUAUAAUAUAAUCUGGCUAAUACCUUAAAUGCUUAUACUGAAAAAUAACUGAAAAAUAUUCAGUUUUGGUUUUUUUUGCAUUUUAAUAUGUGCAAACUGCAAAACCUUACAUUUAAACUAUUUACUGCCCAUCCCCGUGUGUCUUAUGUAAAAGGCUGACUUUGUUUCAGUUAUUCCCGGUAAAGAUUCUGUUCUAUAACCAUAAACCGCUUGUAAACUUGAGCAAUUUUGACUAAACUUGUAGAGCAAAAUGCUGAGUUAAAAGGGAAACGGUUUAGACAAUGACUGGAUUACAAUCACAAUGUUGUGUGUUUAUGUGUAUGUGCGUGUGCGUGUAUGUCUGCUUAUGUGACUUCCUGUUUGAAGAUUUCAAUGAACACAAACCUGCCAGAGAGAUUACCGAUAUUGAGUACAGAUAAAAAUAGAUAAAAAAUGUUUGAAAAAGCCUUGUUACAAUAUGGGAGAGAACUGCCAACAAGUACUGCUGAUGGAGGCCUGUGGUAUUCAGUGCUGGUGUGUUGUUGUGCUUGUACAUAAAUGUCUUUUCAAUCAUCCCAUUUUGUCCUCUUGGGGGUGGGGUCUAUGGCCUGAAGGGGUGUGGCCUCUUCACCGCAGGAAAGGAGGGAAAAAGAAUAGAGUAUUUUGUUAUUGUCCAAUCAGAGGGUGACAGUUUGUAUAUAUCUAUAUUGUAUAUAUGUGAUGAAAAUGCUUUUGUGUGACACUACCUUUUACCUGUACUAUGGUUCAACAUUCAGUGUUUCAGUGUUGCUAAUAUAUAUUUGGUUUGUGUUUUUAUUUUUUGAUUUUGUCUCUUGUCAUUUCUUGUAUUUUUUUUUUUCCCUUUUGUCCCUUUUUUGUUCAUUGCACGGUUUAUUACUUUGGUCGUCCAAUGAGGUGACACAGCUAACUACUCUUUGUAUUUGUUUAGUGCUGUAAAAUAACUCAAGUGUUAUUAGACUUGUUGAUACCACCGCCCGCCCCACCCCCUUCCCCCAAUAUGCAUGAAUGGCACUUAAAGAAAUAAAAUAUGGUAACUUCACUGUGGACAAA